AUGAGGCAACACCCUCACACUAACCCGGGGACCCUCACAGACCCUUGCAAUGAUUCUGCAAUAUUCAGCACUGCAAUAUCCGAUCGCGGGGAGCUGUGUCACCGAGAUGAGGACGACGUGGCUGUAUUAGUGCCUGAGUUUGCGGUGGCGACGCCGAACCAGAGGAACUGGAAGGGCAUCAUCAUCGCCGUACUGGUCAUCUGCUUCGUGCUGGGCAUGAUAGUAACCAGUGUGUUACUGCUGACCCCUCCUGACGACGGGCCGAGGGUCAAAGGUCGGAGAUUUGAGUUAGAGGACAUAUUAGGGAACGAUUUCAAGAUCCACGGAUUUAACGGGAGUUGGAUUUCCGACAACGAGCUGGUGUUUAAGGACGCUACCGGAGGGCUGUCCAUCUUCGACGCUGAGAGCCUUACCUCGCGUGUUCUCGUGACCAACAUCACCUUCCGUCAGCUCAACGUGGCCCACUUCAGCGUCUCUCCCGAUCUGCGCUACGUCCUCCUCGCUGAGCACGUCGAGAAGCUGUUCCGGUAUUCGUUCAAAGCGAAGUACCACAUCUAUGUCAUCGAAUCGCAACACCACUUCCCCCUCACGCCCACGCCGGAGGAUCGUGGCCACCCGCCCUUGGUGCUGGCCAAGUGGGCGCCCGUCGGUUCUGGCCUCGUCAUGGUCAACGAGCGCUAUGACAUCCUGUACAAGCGCACAGCCACGUCCAAUGAUGUGCACAGGAUCACGGACUCUGGGCGCCCCGGCAUCGUGUACAACGGCAUUCCCGACUGGGUUUAUGAAGAGGAGAUCCUGGGGACGAACAGCGCUGUGUGGUUUUCUCCCGACGGCCGCAUGCUUGCCUACGCCUCCAUCAACGAUACGCUGGUCGACAUGGUGCACAUCCCGCAGUACGGCCCCGAGCUGCAGUACUCGCUGGUGCACUGGCUCAGAUAUCCCAAGCCCGGCCAGGAGAACCCACGAGUGACCUUGUGGGUUGUUGACCUGAGCGACCUAAGGUCAAUCAGGCCGCGUGACCUGAAGCCCCCGAACGUGGUCAAAGACCAGUUAGUGCUCUCCGCAGUGUGGGACCACUACUUCACGGCGGUCACGUGGGUCGACUCCGGCACCGUCAGCGUCGUCUGGAUGAACCGGGCGCAGAAUACCUCCGUCAUCACCAUCUGCGCGCAGCCGCUCUACUUCUGCGAGGCGACCCACACGGAGCACUCCAGACACGGCUGGGUGGAGCUCUACGACGCUCCCGUGUUCUCCGAAGACGGGCAGAGCUUCCUGGUGCGGCUUCCGGUGCGUGACGGGGAGGAGGGAGAGUUCAAGCACGUGUGUCUGUAUAAUGUGCGCAUGCGUCGGGUUAAUCCCAUGACGCAUGGCCCGUUCGAGGUCACGGAGAUACUUGGCUGGGACCAGAAUUAUAAUUAUAUCUACUACAUGGCAACGAUGGAGGACAAACCGGGCGAGCGUCACCUGUACCGUGUUUCCGACGUCAACUCCCCCCUCCUGCGCAUCCCCGAGUGCUUGUCGUGCUUGGAGGGCGACAACACCACCGACACGUGCUUGUACAACAGGGCACACCUCUCCCCGGACUUCGCCUUCUUCGUGUUGGAAUGCCUCGGGCCUGACGUUCCCAGGACCUACCUCUUUUCCACCUGGAGCGGGCAGGUGGGUCUUCGGAGCGAGAUGAUCUACACCCUGGACGACUACAACGAACUGCGAGACCGCGUGGAGGAGAUGGCCAUGCCCCAAGUGCAGACCUUCCGCGUCGAGUUGGAGGGCGACAACGCGUACACUUACCACGUGCAGCUGUUCCUUCUCAACCUUCACUCUUCCCCCCUUCCCCCCUUCCCCAGGUACGCCGCCCCGGGCACUCAGGCCGUGACCUCCAAGAUGGUGAUUUCCUGGGGCACUUACCUGGCCUCCAAGAAGGAUAUUAUCUACGCCAUGAUCGACGGCCGCGGCUCGGGCUUCCAGGGCGACAAGAUAAAGCAUGAGGUGUACCGCGCCCUUGGAGGCAAGGAAGUGGACGACCAGCUGGCGGUGGCGCGCUACCUGCGGGACAACCUGCACUUCGUCGAUGCCCGCAGGAUCGCCAUCUGGGGCUGGAGCUACGGCGGCUACGUGACCACGAUGGCGCUCGCCCGGGACGCCGACGAGGUGUUCACCUGCGGCGUCGCCGUCGCGCCCGUCUCGCGCUGGGAGCACUACGACUCGGUGUACACAGAACGGUACAUGGGAUCGCCGCACGUGUACCCUGGCAACAACUAUAAGGGUUACGAGGCCGCAGACGCCACCAAGAUGGCCGGGAACCUCAAGGACAAGAUGUUCCUCCUCAUACACGGGACGGCUGAUGACAACGUGCACUACUACCACUCUAUGAUGUUGGCAAAGUCCCUGGUGGACGAAGGAGUCCUCUUCCAACAGAUGACAUACGCCGACGAGAACCACGGCCUCGCAGGAGUCAAGGAACACCUGUACAAGACGAUGAACAAAUUCCUCGCCGAUUGCUACAGGCCGACGAUCAAGGAGCUCUACGUCCACAUCAAGAAAAAGAAAGACCUCGAGGAAAUCGGUUAUUUGUAAGAAUCGACGGAGUAUGGAAGAGACUGGCGGAUGGAUUUCUGAAAGAGAAGAUAAUGGCGCGUUUGUGUGGAUUCGGUUAAAAGGAAAACGAAUUUAGAAUAGUAAAGCGUAAAGCGGUCCAUGUUGUGAAACAACACUGGUUCACAAACACGAACUUUCACUCUGAAUUGAGUAUGAAGGAACGAAAAAAUGCUAUAUGAAUUAGUAGAGACAUGAUGAUAAAAAAGACAUGCGAAGAAUAAGAUAGACAAUAGUCCAUGUUUCUGAACAAAAAAAAAUGUUCUCGCACAGUUUUAUCUUCGCUCUCUUUCGGAAAAUAAUGACUGACUUAAGAAAAAAAAGAAUGAGGUCAGAUAAAGUCGUGUUUUGCCGAAUGCUCGUUACCAGUGGAUCGAAUGGUCAAAGAAACAAAUAAAAGCAAAACCAAAUAAUAUGGGAUGAAAUAGAAAAAGGUGAAAAUAUAUUUAGAAUCUAAAAGAAAGUUUAUUAGGUUUAAUAAAUUUUAAGAAAUGUACAUAGCUCCUAAAUCGAGCACAAAUUACGGAAACUCUCCCUCGUCCAGAGUUAAAAAUAAUGACGUCAGAGCACCGUGACGUACGAUGACGUUAGAGCACCGCCAUACCGUACCGAUGACGUCAGAGUAAUGUGACGUGCCGAUGACGUCAGAGCACCGUGACGUACUCAUGACGUCAGGUCACACCUAUUUUCCUAUAUCCACCACGAUGUCAAAGCUUUGGUCGACGAAAGAGAUCCAACUAUUUUUAAUUCUGCCGCUACGUUGCUCGGACGCGCAGCUUUCCAUUGUCCAAUUUAUACAUGUGAAGUGUACCUCCAUGUAGUUGUUAUUCGAGAGUAAGAAUUCCUGAUUAGUGAUGGAUGAACAAACCGGUUUUAUGAUUACU